AUGGCUUUGUAUUCAUCCGUUGCCACGGCAGAUACUUUAUCUACUACAAUAAUCUUGAUAGUUAAUUUGAAGGCCUUGGGGAGGCCAUCGAACAACAGAUUCCUGAAAAUGUUGAAAAAUAUCAUGUACUCUGUAGAAUGGCUCGAAUCAAUGCAAAAGGUAUUCGCCGUAAUUGUCCAGAAGCUCGAAGCACAGUAUCUCCCACUUACCAUCCCUGAUUCUCCUACACAUGGAGACUCUACAUCCUCUGUUGCCCAGAGGUACAUGAAGAGCUACCUUGCCAUUGACGACAGGCUUGAGAUGCCACCAAUACAAACCCCACUACUCCAUGUGUGGCGAGGCUACCCCGACUAUACGUACACACUCGAUCUUGACCGUGAGCUUCUGGGCGUUGACCACUCAGUGUAUUUCAAGCUAUCUAAGAUCUCACGUGGUGGACGUUGGCACCAACACCUUGAUGAGGACGACAACCGCCGCCGUAUGGUGUUGCGAGAGGACACCCCGGAAAAUAUUGUUGGCGAUGCUGCCUUGAAACCGAGCAUUAACAGUGAAGCAAGGGCCAAAUAUGAUACCUUAGAUGUUGAACCAAUACCGUCGGAGGUUUUCUGUGGUUCAUUCGGCACGCUGCUCCCUCGCGAGGCCUUGCUGUUGAGUACCUUCUCAUGUAUGCACAGCUCGUUCAAGAAACUCCUGGAUCCGUUCAUCUUGGAAUGGACACCCGAGAGUUUUUCGUUCCGGGAAAUAGCAUUUGCGCUUCUGUCCAUUGCUGCUGGUGAGGUGACCUUCGAGUCCAUCCGAGCUCUCGAUAAAAACUAUGAAGCAGAGGGCUACUACGUCCUUCCAGAUGCACCCCAAAACCGUACUUAUUGGUUCAGCAAUGUUCUCGUACACCUGGCUUCGAGGCUGGACAUAGUCGAUGUUGAAAAGGCAGCGGUUAUCGAAGCAGUAGAUGCCGGACUUGCCCAAGGUUUGGAUGCAUUCUAUGCUAUGGUCUUCUCACUUUCGGACGUUAUCCUCGUCCAUGUUCAGAAGGAGGACGGUACGGUGCGUGUUCAGAGGUCAGACUUGAUGCCUCUGUUCUACUUCCAUGAGGAGAGCUCUAGGUAUCCAAAUGGACCAAGGCCAACGCAAGCCACCCAGCCGCCUACGCUAGGUACCAAUGCCAUUCAUGCAUUGCAAUGUAAGACACAGACGGUGGAUGAUACUUCUCGUUGCAGUAAGGCGAGUGACGGCAAUGAUGACGGGAAGACCAUGAUUAAAGAUAAACGGACAGAUGACAGCAUUACCUUUACAGUGAUGAUGCGCUUCCUUGAUAUGGCCGCCCGACUGCGUUUGGCGUCUGCGAAGCCACGCAGGGUCCCCAACGAAAUUCUGACUUCCGUCAUGCAUUUCACGGACCCCCAAACGUACAAAAAGCUGACCAAUGUGUCUUCCAGUUGCCGACAGUUGAGUGAUCACAAGUUCCGUCUAAAUGACAGCUACGAUGUGGUUGGUAUUGACGCCCAAAGCAUGGGGACCUGCCGUCGUUUCAUCAUGGAAGAUAUACACACUGGGGAGAAGCUCUACCCCGAAAUACAGCACGAUAAUAGCGACGCAUCGGAUUUCAGUCUAAGUCGCGAUGCUCCGGAGGACAUGCUUGAAUUGUAUAUCGUGAUCGGGGAAGAAACUACCAGGUGGAGUAUCGUAAGCCUAGCGGUCUUGCGGUUCCUAAAUUUGCCCCCGAAAGACACGGCCUGCACCAAUAAAGUCCAGAUGCCCAUUGGGAUAAUCGAACGAGAGACUAGAGAUGCGGCAAACUUCUCCAGGUCGAUAAAUAGCGCCCCGUACCGAUGCCUCCUGCCGCCAGGGUACCGUGAGCUGAGCAUGUACUCCUUUUCCUGCAAUGGCCUGCGAGCCUUUCUGCGCCACCCACAAGAUGAGCGUCAUGAGGAAUGGACGAAGACCAUCGAAUACGCAGUGCACCAGCUUAAUCGCACAGAACAAUACCCCAGUGUGUUUCUCCUACGAGGGUGCCCUGUUGUUAUAGCCUUUGGUACAAGGCUGAAGCUGUUUUACUAUAUCCAUCGCCGCGAAGAGGCACCCGGCCUCCCGCCCAAUGCAAGCCCCACCAGUAUCCAGUUUGCUGUAUCUUGCACCGACCCGGAGCCGAAGCAUCGUCUCGUGCAGCUUAUUCCCGAGAGCGAGCCGAUCGAUUUGCAGCAUAGAGAUGGCUGCGAAAAGUUUGAACAAUGGGUUCAAGUCUUCUGUGGCAAAGAAGAUCCAGAGACAGAAUGGGAUCCAAUUACUGGAGAAUACAUCACCAUGGCUCGUCGAACAGAGUACUAG